GGCCCCUGCAUGCCAACGUGUGUCGCGGAUCGCAUGUUAGACCAUGAUGGCGCUGCCAAAGGUGCGGGAGCGAAUCCCCGUGGGCGCCAUGGGUUUGCGAGGAUUUUUUGUGCGAGGUGCAGAUACGCGUGUUUUAUAUUUAAACAUUGAGUUGGAGAUCCUUACUCCUGACGGGACGAUUUGCUCGCUUGAUUCAUUACUUACAUACUCUUGCUUCUGUCAUUCCUUCCCUCUCUUUAUUUCUUAUUCCCAGUCUCUACAAAAUACUCCAUCAUCUCUACACACUCGCUAGCAUUGACCAUAUACUGUCCUUUCAAAAGCAUUACUCUCAACUGCUGGACGGUUGCUUACUCUAAACCUGAGACUCACCGACACCAUGGCUGCGUCCAACGCUUCGACUACGAAGACGCUUCGGCCAGAUAACAUCGAAAUACCACCUUCGACAAGCGGUUCAGCCAAGCCAAACGAGGAGUUUGACGGACCAAUAUCACCGCGGUCAUGGCGACACCGUACUGUUACAUACCAAGUCCCCUCACGAAGGCAGACUAAUGGUAGCUUGGAUGCUGAGGACUACUUUGUUGGUCCUCGCGACUUGUCCAAGCACAGCAAAUGGCCGUACUUUAUGCGAAUGCACGGUUCCGUCUUUCCCAAGAUGAUAAUACCACUCACAGUAGUGACUCUGUGGUCUACCUUGAUUACAUGCGUCUCGCAGUUCAUUUUUGAGCUUAAAGUCAGCACACUCCUUCUGACCGUGCUCGGUUUCGUCGUCGGUCUUGCUAUUUCCUUCCGAACAAGCACUGCGUAUGAGCGAUACACCGAGGGCCGAAAAUACUGGAGUCAGUUGAUCUUCGUCAGUCAGAAUAUGGCACGAACAAUCUGGUACCACACUGCUGAGCGCGAAGGCGAACUUGGAAAGGAGGACCUGCUCAACAAGCUCUCUGCGCUCAACCUGCUUAACGCCUUUGCCUGCUCUGUAAAGCACAGGCUCCGCUUCGAGCCUGGUAUCGACUACCCUGAUCUUCGCGACCGCAUCGAAUACCUGGAUACUUUUGCCCGCGCUGCUGACCUCGAAAUUCCCAAGCCGGGCGACAAGAAGAAGAUCAAGGCCGUUGGCGAAUACCUUGGUGUUACAUUCGCCGAGUCCAACCCCCGCAAGAGGAUUAAGCGUUCCAAGAAGCCUCUUGGUAACUUGUCUCUUGAGAUUCUGAACCACCUUUCCUGCUACGUCCACAGCAUCAUCGACAAUGAAACGCUCAAAGUCGGUCUCUACCAGAACCAAGCUAUCACCGGUGUUGUACAGCUGAACGAGGCCCUUACUGGUAUGGACCGUGUCCUGCAAACUCCUCUACCUAUCGCCUACUCUAUCGCCAUCUCGCAAAUCACAUGGGUUUACGUUAUGAUGUUGCCUUUCCAACUUUGGGAUGACCUCCGCUGGAUCACUAUCCCAGGUUGUAUCUUCGCUGCCUACAUUAUCAUCGGUCUCUCAGCCAUUGGCCGCGAAAUUGAAAACCCCUUCGGACACGACGUCAACGAUCUACCCCUCGAGGCCUACUGUGAAGAGCUCGAGAUGGACAUUGACACCAUCACCGCCCAGCCCGCUCCUACCGCCCGUGAGUUCAUGCGUCGCGACGGUAACAUGCCCAUCUGGCCCCUCAGCCAAAAGAACUACACGUCCUGGGCCGGAAGGAGUAAGCAGGAUAUCCGUGAUGCGUUGAUGACCAAGACCAAGGCGGAUAUGGCUAUCAGGAAGAGCUUUGCUGUUCCGAGGGAGAGCGAGAGUGAGGAAAAGGAACAUCAUGGAUUGCAACAACAGCAUGAUGCGUAGUUGGUGAGAUUGUUACUGGAACUUUUUAGAAGCGUCAGGCGCUAGACAGGUGUUUAUGGGUGUGACAUUUUUACCUUUCCACCCAAGGUGUGAUUUUUUACUUUUACUACCAAAAGGGGUUAUAUCCCACAUAGCGAGGGGUCUUUUACGUGGCAAUACUAGCCUUUAUUAUACUGCAUCUUCGGUGUCAUUC